UCCUUUACAUCCCCAGCUGCUCACAAAACCAAAGCGCUAGGGUUUGCAGAGCUACCGCCACCACAUUUCAGAUCUCGCUCUCUGCAGCUUCUCAAUCUCGAAAAUGGCGACGGCUACACAAAUGAGCAAGAAGCGAAAGUUCGUCGCUGACGGCGUUUUCUUCGCCGAGCUCAACGAGCUUCUGAUGAGGGAGCUCGCCGAAGACGGCUACUCCGGCGCUGAGGUUAGGGUUACGCCGAUGCGCACUGAGAUCAUAAUCAGGGCUACCAGGACUCAAAACGUGCUCGGAGAGAAGGGGAGGAGGAUUAGGGAGCUGACCUCAGUUGUGCAGAAGAGGUUCAAGUUCCCUGAGAAAGGUGUCGAGCUUUAUGCUGAGAAGGUCGCCAACAGAGGACUUUGCUCUACUGCUCAGGCUGAGUCUCUCCGAUACAAGCUUCUCGGAGGCCUACCUGUUCGCAGGGCUUGCUAUGGUGUUUUAAGAUUUGUCAUGGAAAGUGGCGCAAAGGGUUGUGAGGUGAUUGUUAGUGGAAAGCUGAGGGCACAGAGAGCCAAGGCCAUGAAGUUCAAGGAUGGCUACAUGAUUUCUUCUGGUCAGCCAGUGAAUGAGUACAUUGACUCAGCUGUGAGACAUGUUCUCCUCAGACAGGGUGUUCUUGGUAUCAAGGUCAAGAUUAUGCUCGACUGGGAUCCCAAGGGCAAGCAAGGACCCAUGACUCCUCUACCUGAUCUGGUUACAAUCCACCAACCAAAGGAUGAUGAGUAUGUCAGGCGGGCACCAGAAAUUGAAGCAGCGCCUCUUUUGGCCCCAACUGAUAUUGACAUUCCAGCCAUGCCAGCCCUCCCAGUGGCUUAAGAAAUGUUCUGGGUUACGCAAGUUCAUAACUUUAGCUUCAGGCUCUUAUAUUUUUGGUCAAAACUUUAGCCUCAGACUUGGUUGUUCUAGUUUUAUUGUUUCCUUUGGCAAAUUUUGUGUACUGCAAAGAUGGGGCGGAUCCUUUAUCUUGAAUUGUUUCAUACUUGAUACUUUAUUUAAAAUAUGUUUCUUAAUUUUAAGGAUUUUUAUGAAUUUUUAGUUUUUCACUUGUACUGUUUUAUGACUUAUCAGAAUCAUAUUCUCAAAUCAGUAUCAGUCUAGUAGCUACUCUCAAGUCUUGACGAAGUUGAGUCA